AUGAGAAAGUGUCACAGUUUGCUAAUACUUUUACUAUUCUGGGCGCAACUUAUUGCCGAAAGUGCCAAAAAUUCUAUAAACGAUGAAAACAAUGAAUUAUAUAGCUCUUCAAUCACGGGACUUUUGAAACUAUUGGAAAUGGACCAGCAAUUUAUAGAAAACAUAAAGGCAUACACUAAUAAAAUGGAAGAGAAGGUUAAGAAUCUGCAAGCAUAUAUAGAAUCAAUUGAUUAUGGGGUCAGGGAAAGCUUAGAAGAAAGGGAGAAGUAUGUUAGUAAUCCAUUAAAUGCUUUCAGUCUAGUGAGACGCACACAUCAAGAUUUGCCCAAAUGGCACAAUUACUCACAGCAGAUUGUGGGAUUGGAGGAACUGUAUGCCUUAGAAGAAAUCCUUUCAAAGGGCCCUGAUAAAAAGGACAUGGAGUACUCUCUGAGAAAUAUGCAGCGGCUAGAAAAGAUAUACGAUCUUGAGGCCACGGACUUAGCAAGAGGUCGCCUACAUAACAAACAAUAUGACAUUAAACUUUCCUUACGAGAUUGCAUUGCUUUGGGUGAACACAAAUUCCACAUGGAAGACUACCAAAGAGCUUCUAUGUGGUUUCGCAUGGCCCUCAAACAAGAACCUGAAGGAAAUGACACGAUAAUCAAUAAUAUUCUUGGAGAUCCCAAGGAUAAGUUGUAUAUGCAGUAUGCCAAAUCAAUGAUCAUUUUUGGCAUAAUCCAGUCAAAUUUUUCGAUGACCAUCAAAGAAGUUCAAGCAAUAACUAAUGAGGCACUAAAGGAGUCCAGUCUAGCAGAUUUAAAAUCUCUUAUAUCGGAACUGCUAAGCCAAAGUGAUGAGGAAAUAGUUUCGGAAAUGAACGUAAAUAAGACAGCCCCAAAUGAUUACGAAUUGGGAUGCCGUGGACGGUUUUCCAGGCGGAGAAAUCUAGUUUGCAGCUACAAUUUUACAACAUCCCCAUUCCUGAGGUUAGCACCUCUUAAACAGGAGGUGUUAAGCAUGGAUCCUGACAUUGUGAUUUACCACAACGUUCUUUAUGACGAAGAGAUCUUGAAACUAGAGCAACACGCGGAGAACAACACUGCAUUGGAAAUCAAUCCCGUCAAGGAACGUAUAUUUCGACGCAUCACCGACAUGACGGGGUUCAGAUUUUCACUUACAGAUGACCUUAAAUUGUCAGAUCAGAAAACAUCUUCUCUGCUAAACUCUCAUUCAAAGGGAACAUUAAUAUUUUAUGCUAACGAUGUGGAGCAGGGUGGUGCGACGGUUUUUCCAAAAUUGAAAAUAUCUGUUUUCCCCCAAAAAGGCAGCUGUUUGUUCUGGUACAAUAUAUUCGAUAAUGGAAACCCAGAUCCUCGCAGUGAGCAUUUGGAAUGUCCAGUUCUCCAAGGAAAUAAAAAGGUUCUUACCAAAUGGGUAUAUAUGGAACCAAAAAUGUGCAGACCAAAAAUGAGAGAAAAAAUGGACUUAGGCAAAUUUUAG